GCCGGCGGGCGGGCGGGCGGCGGGAGCGUGACUAAGCACGGGGGGCGCUGAGUCAGCGGGACGAGGGAUAAAGGCGCGGGCGGCGAGGCCGGGAUUGGGAUUGUGUUCCUGCUCCCGCUCGGUCCGUGUCCUCGGGCGAGGGUCCCGCCGCGCUAUGGAGCUCCCCUGGCUGGGCGAGCACUGCUCGGAGCGCACCUGCAAACAGCUGGAUUUCCUUCCUCUGAAAUGUGAUGCAUGUGGGGAAGUCUUCUGUAAAGAUCACAUCCGUUAUGAUGACCACAAGUGCAGCUCUGCCUACAAGAAGAAUGUGCAGGUCCCAGUGUGUCCACUCUGUAAUGCACCUAUCCCAGUGCAGAAGGGGGAAAUACCAGAUGUUGUGGUUGGAGCCCACAUGGAUAAGGACUGCAAAUACAAUCCAGCACAGCAAAAGAGGAUCUUCACAAACAAGUGCUUAAAGCCAGGCUGCAAAAGGAAAGAGAUGAUGAAGGUGCUUUGUGAACAGUGUGGCCUCAACUUCUGCAUAAAACAUCGGCAUCCCCUGGAUCAUGACUGCAAAGGGAGCAGCCACCCCAUCUCCAAGGCAGGAUAUGCAGCUCUGAUGAGAGCCUCUCACACUGCCCUCAAAUCCCCGGGAGCAAUUGGAGUGCCAUCUAAUGGGAAUCUUCAGCACAACAGGUGCAGGUAGUAGAGGCUCUUCAUAUCUGGAUCAAACCUCUGUCUAAACUUAAUAUUUUCUCUAUCUCUUUAAAUUUCUAUGCCAUUAACUUAUUUUUGUAUCAGAAUGUUUUGUGUAUUCAAUAAACUUUCCAAGCCAACGUUA